UUUUCUAUGUUGUGGGUGCGUGCAUUUGUGUUGUCCGGUGUUUGAAGACGCUUGGAAUUCGCUUUCAAUUUCUUCAUAGGAAAAAUGUCGGGUGAUACCGAUAAAGCAAAAAUCAGUGACAAUCAGGAUGAAGACAAGAAAUCCGGGGCCGGUGAUGGCCAGACCACAGAAGAUGAGUCCUCGCAGGAUUCCAAGGGUGAGUCCCUGAACCAAGAGGUCCAAGGUAACACUGAUGUAGAUACCGGGGACAAGCAGCCAGGCGACGCAAAGUCAACAACGGCAAAUGGUAAAGACGACGGGCCCGCGGACGAUUCUAAGGACGAAAAGGACGAUAAGGCAGACGGAGACUUUAAGAAGGAAGAAAAUGGUGAAACUCACGAAGAAAAUGAGAAAGAAGAUUUAAAAGAAAAUGACAAAGCAGCAAAGAAAGUAGCUCCAAAAAAGAAACCUAAGAAAGAGGAUACCGAGGAAGAGGAAGAAGAGGACGAUGAAGAGGAGGAGGAGGAAGACGAGGAGGGAGAGGAAGGAGAUGAGGAAGACGAAAAGAAGCCUAAAGAUAAGGUAAAGAAACCAGCAAAGAAACCCAAAGAAGGUGACGACGAAGGAGAUGACGAGGAGGAGGGAGAAGAGGAGGGUGAGGAGGAGGAGGAAGAGGAAGAAGAGGAGGAGGAGGCGCCGAAACCGAAACCUAAGAAAGAGCCAACAGAACCACCCGUUCCACUGCCCGCAGGCAAGGGUAUUCCCCUCGGUCAUAUCAGCAAUGUCGAGGUUUCUCUUUCACGUUUCAAGACCCAGGAUCAGAAAAUACUACAUCAAUACUUAUAUGGGCAACUAUGUCUGGAUCGCAACGUGAAGCGUAAUAUAAAGAAGUUCAAGGGCUACGAGUGGGCUAUUGGAUCCUCAGAAUAUAAGGCCAAGCUAGAGGAGACGACCAAGAUGGAGCUUAAGCAGUUAAGAACUAUGUGUGAGAUGCUGGACUUGGAUAAAAAAGGCGGCGCCGGCGAGCUGGCGGCGCGCCUGGUGGGCUUCCUGCAGCAGCCGGCGAGCAACUCGCCGCACGCGCGGGGCGUGGCGCGCGCGCCGCCCGCCGCGCCGCCCGCCGCCGCGCCCGGCGGCCGCCCGCGCCGCUCCGCCGCCGUCAAGGUCCACAACCGGGGUUAUUCAGAUGAAGAGUACGAAACUGACCCAGAAACAAAAGUCAAGGGUCCAAAACCGGCAAAGGAGGGAUCAGAGGACUCUGAUGGUUCAUUUAACCCAAGUGGCUCGGAGGCGGAUUCGGACUUCGAUCCCGAGGGAGGCGAGGGGGCCAGUGGGCCGGGGCGUAAACGUAAGAGUUCUGGGCGACGUCGUUCCUCCGGCAAGCAAGGGAAACGUGGACGUAAGAGCAAGGGCCGGAAGAGUAAGGGAGCGAGUAGAGGUCGUGGUCGCAAGGCGCGGUCUGAAAGCGAUGACGAGAGCGACAAGUCGGAGAGUGAGAGUGAGGGAGAGUCCGGCAGCGACGCUGAGGAGUCCGAUGAGCCGAAGUCCAAGCGCGGCCGGCCGGCGGCCGCGGUCGGCAAGGGCCGCAAGGGUGCCGUGGCUAAGGCUAGCGCUAAGGCCACGCCCGCUAAGCGGAAAGCUCCCACACCACCAGGUAAGAAAAAGGGCGGUGCCAAGCCUGUUGGCAGGCCAGCGAAGAAGAGCAAGAAGGCGUCGUCUGAGGAGUCUGGAGAAGGAAGCGAGGACGAAGAUGAGGAAGGGAGUGAGGAGGAAGAGAGCGGUGAGGAAUCCGACACGCCUGCAGACAAGAAGGCCAAGCGGCCGCCUACCGAUGAGGAGAUCAAGAAGUACGUGAAGCAGAUCCUAGAGGGCGCGAACCUCGAGCAGAUAACGAUGAAGACGGUGUGCAAACAGGUGUACAGUCACUAUCCCGACUUUGACCUUGCACACAAGAAGGACUUCAUCAAGGCUACAGUCAAAUCGCUCAUCUCCUCGUGAGUCCGCAGUCCGCAGCUCGCUAAGUUAGACUAAUUGACUCCGACGCGCCCGCCGCGGUCCGUCUCUGUAGCCACUAUUGUACGCGUUUUUAUACAACUCUAGACCAAUGUAAACGGUGUGACGAUUUUAUAGCUAACCUUAUUUUCUUUCAAUUAUCAAAAUAUCUUUGAUUAAUAAAAGUUUCACUAACCUGCGUUUCAAAACUUUCUCUUGUAACUCUAUGUAUUAAGAAUUUCAAGAAAAAUGUGCAUUUUAAAACCUCAUUUAAUUGGGAUGAAAACAGUUUUAUUCAAAUAACGAUUCGUUUUGUUUCUUGUUUUCUUUGUUUUUGGAAUAUAUGAUUCUUGCUUCAGUGUUUUUUUAUGAAAUGUUAAACGUGUUAAAAAAAGUUUUAAACGUAGUCAUACAGAAGCCUAUAAUAUCUCUGUUUAUACGUCGUUGCGCACUAUUAUUCGAGUUUACAUUUUCGAACGAGUUGUAUUAAAACAUAAUAGAAUAAGGAUAGUCCGUGAAGAGCCAACCGGAUUCAUUUAUUUAACCCACUGUUGUUUUGUGAACUAUUUUUAUAUACUUUGUUAAAGGAGCUCGAUUUUUUUAUAAUACAUGAGUUUUGUACUUUAUAUCUUGUUUAACGAUUGAGUACCGCGUCGGGACCACUGUUUCGUUUCUAUAGCUAUUUUAUCUGUAUUUUUUUCAUAUUUUUAAGCAUCGAAUAUUGUACAAAUUCAGCAAAUUCGAUUCGGCUUCAACAGACAUACGAUUUAAAUAAUUCGCCUAGUGUCAUCUCAAUGUGAUUUUAUGUCUGUGUAUAUUUAAAAAAAUGUUGUUAAUUGGUUUUAAUGGUGUGGAUUGUAAGAUUAUUUUUCUAAUGUAGGCUGUAAACAUAUAUAAUUUGCAGUCUAGACUCUAUCGCAAAACUUAUGUAAGGUUCGGUUAAGUGUACAUUUAAGGGUGUAAAUACACAGGACCUGCACCGUUUGGGAACCGCGCUUCGCUAACAUCGGACUAGGGUUACACUAUAAAGUAAAAAUUAUUCUUAUACAAAAACUUUGGAGCCCCGGGUUAUAGGCGGAACUUUGCAUUUUUCAAUUAUAUUUCUUUUUAUUGAUGUCGUAUUUGAGUUAAUUUCUAUAAAUUGUAAAACGAAGCUACAUAAUUAUUAUGUAUGAAAUAUUCUUUAACUAUUCGUGCAAUAAUGUUGAUCAAGUUCUAAUUAGUAAAACAAUUAGUACAGCGCAUCCGAGCAUACCGAAGUAUAAUUUACAGUGUCAAAACUUCACACAAUUUUGUUUUUAAGUUUAGGUGCUUUGAUAGCGUUUGGUACAUUUUUUUCUAUGUAUAACUUGUGGUCGAGCUGUUGCUAAGUCCGUGGGUGAGCUAACAUUCUAGGUUUAAAUGGUCUGAACGCAUCUAGACUUUGACAAUCCAACGCCUUGCCACACCGAGACCUAUUAAAGCCUGAUUCCUACAUCCAAGUAACGAUCGACGAACGAACAUGUGUUCAAAAUGGAAUGAUUUGGUGAGCAAAACGAAUAGUUUUUGAAUAUAGGAACGGGGCAUAUGUCUGUAUCCGAUGUCUUCGUGCAGCAACGCGUUGGUCGUACACUCGUAAUGCUAUUGAGUUAUUAUUGGUUAUAUUUUGUUCGCUCGUUUACGUAAAACUCUCGUUGCGCCCAGACCGCAUUAGUUAUAAGGUAGUUUUAAUCAAACAUUAAAUGUGUAUUUGUGAAUUUUAACCUUAUUUUUUGGUUGUUUCUUUAUAUUGUGUAAAUGGCUGAGAUCAGUAGAGAAGUAGUGACACGGAGUGACAAGAGUGACUGGUUCCCCUUUUACAAUUGGAAUAUAGAUAAUAAAGCAAAUAAAAGUUUGAAAUGUCGUAUA